AUGGCUACCUCUUCAGGGGACUUGCAGCUCGCAGCAGCCGCAGCAGGCUUCACCUUGGGAUUCGGAACGCUCACAGUAUGGAGAGCUGUCAAGCAAACGAGGCAAAACAAGUCUCCUCAUAGAAGUGCCUUUGUCUUUAUGAUCUGGGGAGAAAUCCUAGCCAACUUACUGAUCGGUAUCUUGGGAUGGUUGUUCCUGAAUGGAGUUUUGCACGCCGAUCCCGUUGUCCUGUUCUUCAUUCUAUUCUGUUAUGUGUUUGAAGUUCAAUUGUUGCUCCAAAUCAUUAUCAAUCGCAUUGCCAUCAUCGUCGAGCGAAGAGCCAUGGCUACGAAGCUGAAGUGGGCGACUGCAAUCUUCAUCUCUAUGGUCAACAUUGUUGUCAUGUGCAUUUGGAUUCCUGCUCAUAUGGCUAAGCCGCCAAGUCAGACUUAUGUCCAGGUCAACAAAUACUGGGAUCGUGUUUCUAAGAUCCUCAUCUGUCUUGUCGAUGCAGGCCUUAACUGGUACUUUAUUCACGUUGUCGACGCUCGCUUGGUUAAGCAACACGGUCUCCGCAAGUACAAGCCAUUGAUCGGAUAUUACACACGUCUUGGAAUAUUGUCCGUCUGCAUGGAUGUCAUGCUCCUCGGCCUGAUGGCACUACCCAACCAGGUGGUAUACAUUCAGUUCCACCCUGUCGCAUAUAUGGUCAAACUUUACAUCGAAAUGAGUAUGGCCGACCUGAUUGUCAAGGUCGCAACCUCAUCUGAGAUCGAUGUUCGCGCGGGCACAUCAUCUGGGACACCUUACCCUGACAGCAGAUCCUACGCUCAGCGCACCUUCAACGAUCGCGACACUGUCAAUGGAGCAAAGAACACUGCUCACAUCGGCCAUACACAAGGCACCAGCACCAACAGAGAAGACGUAAAGGGCAUUCAACGACAGACGGAGGUUCAGAUCUUCGUCGGAGACUCUGACAGUGACAACCAGAACGAUGAUCUGGAUAAGAUUUCAUCAAGGAUGUCUACCGAAAACAACUACAACACCCACGGCACACCCCAAUACAACUCCAACAACCCAUUCAACAAGACCCACAGUCCCAAUCGUCUAUCCGACGAAUCGCAGAUACCUCUGAAGGAUCUAUCCAGAGCUGGUGAAGCAGUAUAA